GCUCUGACCAUUCCUGCUCCCCACCCUCCCAUUCCUGUCCUGGCAACAUCCUAUCAUGGCGGCGGAACAGAGAAAGCUGCUCGAGCAGCUCAUGGGAGCGGACCAGCUCGUAGGCUUUGGUGCCCAGUCUCGCAACGCGCAGCUCCAGAUCACCGACCCCAAAGUCUGCCGCUCAUACCUCGUCGGCACCUGUCCGCAUGACCUCUUCACCAAUACCAAGCAGGACCUGGGUCAGUGUCCGAAGGUCCACAGCGAAGGAUUGAAGACCGAAUACGAGACCGCCGGCGGCGCGGAGAAGGCCAAAUGGGGGUUCGACUACGACUACAUGCGCGAUAUGCAGAAGUACAUUGAGGACUGUGACCGACGGAUUGACUCCGCGCAGCGCCGAUUGGAAAAGACUCCGGAUGAGAUCCGACAGACGAACAACCUGCUAAAACAAAUCUCGGACCUGACGAAAACGAUCAACUCCGGCCUCCUCGAGAUCUCCGUGCUGGGUGAAACCGGCUCCGUCGCUCAAGCGCUCCACGAACUGCACAAGGUCCGCACCGCCAAGCACCAGAAGGAGACCUGCGAACGCGACCUGAAGAACCUCCAAGAUACCUCCGGCCCGUCGGGCCACCAGAAGCUGCAGGUGUGCGAUGUCUGCGGCGCGUACCUGAGUCGUCUGGACAACGAUCGUCGGCUGGCGGACCACUUCUUCGGAAAGAUGCACAUGGGAUACUCGGAUAUGCGCAAGACGUUCAAGAAGCUCAGCGAGGAACUCAAGGGACGGCCCCCGCCGAUCCGUCACCACGACGAGGACGACGGUGGUUGGGGUGGGCGCUCGGGCGGUGGACGGGGUCGGUAUGGCGGCGGCGGUUAUAAGAGGCGUGGUCGGUGGUGAACGUGACGAGGGGAGAAGGAGAGCGUCUUGUUUCUUGAGGGUUUUCGAUUCUAUCAUGCUGUAUUCUGUCUCUGGGGUUGCAUAGCGCAGGCGUUUCUAUUACUACCACCCAGGAUGUCUUACGGGUUAAAAAGCUAAUUACGUACGGCCGACUCUACGCAGCUGUUUGCUUGCUCUUCGUCUUACGAGGUCUCGUCUCGUACUAUACUACCUUGGGUCUGGAGUUGAUCCACAUACAGCAGGGCAUUUCAAGUAGGAGGAGAAUAUGAAU